AUGACACCACGCCCACACAAUUCCCCACCCUCAGCCUCCCAGCCGUCGCCGCCAUCUCCAAAGUCUAAUCCCCAGUUCCCGGGCCUUCUGUUUGGCGAAAUUCCCCCGGGCCAGCACGACGGUGUCGCUCCAGGCUUUGGCAUCGACAACAUCCGCCCGCGACGAACGUCCGAAUCCAACGUGCACGGCCUCGUGGGGCGUCAACGCAGCCUCUCCGACCUCGAAGCCGAGCCCGCGUCCCCGUCCAGCUGGUACAGGGACCUCCACAUGUCCCGAGGGAGCACGCCGAAAACCCACGCGCGAUCUCGUAGCGAUCUCUCGGCGCUGAAGCCCAUCCUGACCACCCUCAGACCCAAAUCGCCUGCGCCUCCUGCAUCGACCUCGGCAUCGACUACAAAAGCAAAGGCAAAAUCACCAACGGUAGCUGCUAUUGCGGCAGCCACGGUAACGGCCACGGCUGUCGCAGCAGAGGCCGCCGCCGCCGCCCCUGCGCCGCCGCACGCGUCGUCAGCAGCUCCCAGCUCGAAACUACCAGUUUCCAUCAGCCGGAGGCUUGCGAGCCCUUCCAACUCCAGUCCCACCUCGUCGCGAUCGAACUCGCCCUCUACGCUUCGGAGACCGCCGGCCAAUGGUCGCAGCAGCAGCAGACAGGCCAACCCAAUCGCCUCCACGACUCGAGCGAAAACGCCCACGCAGACGGCUCGAAAACAGCCUCCCCAGGGGCUUGUGACACCGAGUAAUAGCAACAACCGGCUCCAAGCGUACGUGUCCACCGCGCCGCCCAAGCUUUCACCGCCAUUAAGGAGCUCUCGACCACGACAGCCAGUCUCCGUAGCGACAACAGCAAGCUCCCGGAUGAAGGAGGCGGCGGCCAAGGCGAAGCCCCCUGCACGGCCAAAUGCACGGGACGCCCCUUCUUCGUCGAAGGCGUACGAUCCGGCGAAGCGUAAGAUCAUAGUUGGACCUAUAGAUUUCGAACAGCGUCGAGAACACAUCCGACUGGCAUACACCAAGACCAUUCGCGAAAGCCAGGCCUUUGAGGUGCGCCAAAGAGCGGUGGAGAGGAGGCGGAAGCAGAUGGAGGAGGCCGACACGAAAGCCGCGGCCACCGAGUCUACAGAUACAAAUAAUACAGCUACCGGUCCAUCUACAUCUACGGAUUCACCGACCACGGUGAUUGCUGGAGACGACGAGGCGACGAAUAAGGGGGCCCCGGACGGCCGUGCACGAGGAGUAAUUCCAGAGGUAAUAGCGGCAGAGACAGGGCUGGCCGAAAGCCCCUCGGCGAAAGAGCCGGCUCAGGUGGAACUCCCAGCUGAUCAUGGCUCUCGCGCUGCUGUGGAGAACCAGGAAACCCUUCUAGAAGUCCCGACAAAUGCAGCCUCGCUCCCGGCAACUAGCAAGGGUGAUGAUUCGCCGACGCUGGGCAUCCCCGGGGGCUUCCCUGAGCCCUCACCGUCCUCCACCGCAGCCAGACAGCAGAGGCCUCUGUCGACCAUUUCAAUCAUCUCAGCCACGUCUGCUGUUACGGAGUUUGAUACAGAGCCCCAGGCGGAGCUUGCCGACCUGGCUAUGUCCGAUCGGCCGCUCAGCCCCCAGAUCAUAGUGCCGACGAGGGAGCGCUCUCAGUACCGCAGCCCCUUUGAGGACGACGACUUUCCAUCAUCGCCUCCUCGGCCGCGUCCUGCGGCCCAUCAAAUCAGUCAAGAUCGCCACCACAUCGACCAGCCGCUCAUCCCUGACGCUUAUUACGACAAUGAGCAUCGGGAGGACUCCUUUGAGCCCCAUGCCCAGCAAGAUUACCAAACCAUUGUGACGAUUCUCCCGCAGCCCUCACGCGAGCCCCCUGCUGCCGAAGAGACUGCGCAGGUGGCGUCUUUUCCCCGACUGGACAUUCAAGAUGAAUCUGACUGCCACUCGGAUCUAGAAAGCGUUCCGGCAAUGGCUCGUCGCAUGCGUAGUGAUAUCGACGAUGCCGCCACUGAUGCCUGCACCGAAGAGACAGACGAUCGCGAUGGAAUGGAUGGUGAGCGAUCCCCGUACCGCUACGGCGGCACUAUCUCGUCGAACAGGGCCUCGACAUGUGCAUCAUCGGACAUAGAAACGUUUGACGACCUCUUGUACCCUUCGCAUGACGAGCAGCAGGAUGCGGGCCCACCAAACAGACUACUGGCGCCGCCUUCCAUCUCUCGGGCCGACAGAUCAAGCCACCAGUCCGCAUGGACGAAUGUCUCCGUCGAUAGCAUUGCACGCUCCGAGGCUUCGGACUCUCCAGUUCUGCGAGCGAACUCGUGGAAAAUGUCUGGUUCGUCCGGGCGUGACGACUCUUCCCUCAGAAGCCUCCCCUAUAGCGGAGUCGGCGUUCGCCCUUCUGUCGACUCGACGCGGUCGUCGAUCCAGCUUGGCCAGCAACUUCCGGAGCUUGACACCGGCGAAGGCUUCUCCAUCCCUUACCUCUCUGCAGAGGCAACCUCUGACUUUUCCUAUCUCUCCUCCCCGAAACACGAGCCACAACCUCACUCGCGCUCUGGACGGAACUCGGCCAUCGACUCGCAAACGUCAAGUGUGUUUUAUGACCAGUCUCAAUAUGGCAGCACCUUGGUCAACUCUGAUCGCGGCAGUGGAGAAUAUGUCUCCCACCACUCGGAAACGCCUCUGUCGAUGAUGGAUAUGACGUCGAUGGAGACUAUGGAUCGGUACUUUGAUGGACGCCCCCAGGUGGACAGCGAUGCCAAGUCAUUCAUCCAGGAAUCCGAGGGCUUGAGCAGCGAAGAGCGUCAUCGCCUGAUCCAGAGGCGCAAUGUUAUCAAGGAGCUCGUUGACACCGAAGCAAUCUUUGUAAGAGAUAUGAACAUUGUGGAGGAGAUUUACAAGGGGACCGCAGAAGCGUGCCCUAAGCUGGAUGCCAAGAUUGUCAAGCUCAUUUUCAGAAACAGCGACGAGAUCAUUGAGUUCCAUACCUCAUUCCUCGUCCUGCUCAAAGAGGCGGUGGCCAGCAUUUACGUACCGAAAGGCGGCCGGUCUCUCGUCGCGAGGGAAGACUCGGUCUACUCGGACCAAAGCCAGACUUCCAUCGUGGACCUGAGCGAUGCCAAGGACCGGGAGACGUCGCUUGGCCCAACGUUCCAAGCCAACAUGGAGAAGAUGAAGCUGGCCCACGAGGGCUUCCUGAGAAACAGCGACCAAGCGGCAAAGAAACUGAUCCAGAUCCAGCAGGACCCGACGGUUCAGAUAUGGCUGAACGAGUGUAACGAGGUAGCCAAGGACCUGACGGCUGCUUGGGACCUGGAUUCCCUCCUCAUCAAACCGAUGCAGCGAAUCACAAAGUAUCCGAACCUGAUCAUGACGCUCCUUCAGCACACACCCCAGGAUCACCCCGAUCGGGAAGCCCUCGUGGUGGCCAAAGACGCCCUAGAAGAGGCUAUUAUCGAGAUCAACAAGACGAAGAAGAACUUUGAGCUGGUCGGACAGAUCGUCGGUAGAAAACGUAAGGAGUCCGACGUGAAGGCUGGACUGGCUCGUGCCUUUGGCAAGAAGGUGGACAAGCUGCAAGGCGGGACGCGGCCGCCGGAGGAUCCCGAGUAUCUCAAGCUGGAGGAAAGAUUCAGCGACGAUUAUCUGCGGCUACAGGUUGUCUUGCGGGACGUCGAGUUCUAUACCAGGCAGGUUUCAUCGUAUGUGCACGAGUUCUUGCAAUACCUAUCAGCCAUCGAGCUGGUCAUGCGCCUCCAACCUGGCAGCUUCCCCGAGCUCGAGAGCAAGUGGGUGCGGUUCAAUAUCUCGAUCCGCGACAUUGAGAAGGUAGCGCUCGAGCAGCAUCUGUCACAAAUUCGAAAGCAUGUCAUUGAGCCUUUCGAGCAGGUCAUCAAGUCUUACGGGAACCCCUCGUUGGCUAUGAAGAAGAGACAGAAGCGCCGAGUCGUGUGGGAGCGCGCAGAGCAGCUGAAGAAGGCCGGCAAGAGCGUCGACCCCAAGCUUAAGGAGCUUGUUGAGCAGUAUGAGGCUCUCAACGAUACGCUAAUCAAGGAGCUUCCCAAGCUUUCGGCACUGACGGAGAAGGUGGGAAACAUCUGCCUUGGCAACCUCAUCAACAUCCAGGCCAACUGGUACUUUAUCUGGAGGGAAAAGAUGAGGGCCGUGCUGCCGGACUCGCCCGUGAUGCCCGAAAUAGAGGAAAUCGUGGCAACUUUCCAGAGAGAUUUCCCCUAUGCAAACGAGAUGAUGGCCAGCAUCAGCAUCAUCAACCCGGCCUACCGCGGAAGGACAUCGCAAUCGACGAACCACGGAGACGACGCCAGCCUGCCCAGAACUAGGGGCCGAACCUCCGAGUCAGUGGAUAGAGGAUGGAGCCAAUCUUUCAACGGCGAAGGAGCGCCAAGUUUACCGCCUCCCGACUUUGGCAAACGGCAUAGCGGCUCGUUUACGCUCUCCCCCAUCAGCGCAGGCCCGUCCUCUGGCUUCGGGACAUCAGCUCCCAGUCCUCACCAGUACUACUACCGAGACUUUUAUGCCGGCCUGUCAAGCAACCAGGCGGGAAUGACAUCCCCCAGAUCGGCCGAGGUGCCGGCAACCUCUCGAUCGCUCGGAGGCACGCGGCCGAGUACGGGCAAAAGCUACGACUCUUCCGCAGUCUCAAUGCCUAGACAGAGCACGGAGUCGGCACCUCACAUCCGACGAGACUCGGGCAACGCGUACUAUUCCAGCUACCACCAGCACGACAGCCGUAGAUUCUCGAAUCUAUUCCACUCUGCCCUCCCUCUGCCGGACGGCCCCGAGGAAAGUCAGCGGUCUUCUAGAGCAUCGUCGCGCGAGCGAGCGCAUGCUUCUGACGGAUACAAUAUCCUAUGGCUGGCGGCGUCGCUCUUUGAGUUUAACAUCUCGACAACCAAGCACGAGGCCGGCUAUCCUUAUCUGACGUAUCAGGCCGGCGAGAUAUUUGACGUGAUUGCCGAGAAAGGCGAGCUUUGGCUUGCAAAGAACCAAGACGACCCCACGGACCAGGUGGGCUGGAUCUGGUCCAAACAUUUUGCCAAAUUGGCCGACUCAUAG